ACACUCGGUAUCAUUCUGUUGGAGUUAUGUUUUGGCUUGACACUCGACGACAGUCCAUAUCGCGCGAAACACCUCUCUCCCGACGGGUCUACCAAUCCGGCUCAGGAUCGUGAAGCAGCAUGGGAAUGGGCCAAAGAUGUGGUUGGCGAGAGCGGUCAGGAGUAUGCACGUGCAGUUCAAUGGUGCUUGGAAAAGUGGAGAGUUAGAGAGGAUGAUCCUGGAUGGCGUGCAGAGUUUCACAGCAAUGUUGUC